AUGAGUCACCGCGGGGAGCGUCCGUUCCCCUGUCCUCACUGUGAGAAGACCUACGGACUGAAGAGGGACCUGAAGGAGCACAUGGUUCUGCACACCGGGGAAAAACCUUAUACCUGUGAGCACUGUGGCAAAGCAUUUGGACGCCGCCCCUCGCUACGCAUCCACCGCAUGCUUCACUGCAGCAGGAUGACCUACACGCAGCAUCCGAAGGUGCAGUGUACACUCUGCCCCAAGCUGCUGGCAAACUUCGGCUCUCUGAGGAACCACAUGAAGCUCCACACAGGAGAAAGACCUCACACCUGUCAGCACUGUGGGAAGAGCUUCAGUCAGAAAG